UCCGCCAUCGUCAUUUUGAGCCGCAUCGGGCCAAGCCAUCCACCGUUGCCCCUUUGUGCGGCGAACAAAAAAAAAAAAAAGAAUGUUUUCACCUCCGCCUCCUCCCCCGCAGCAUGCCAAGCGCCUCCUCUCCAAAGAAGACCGCCACGGCCGCCACAAGCGCCCAGGGCACGACGGCGCCGGCCCAGCGGUAGGCGAGCAACCCAAACAGGAGCUGCAGGUACCUCCAGGCGCAGGGGACCGCGGCGGCGCGGGGGCAGACCGAGGCGACGGGCUCGAGGCGCAGCAGGCGGUCGGCCGAGGCGGCGACCGGGAAGCCCUUGUACAGGGCCAGGAGCACGACGGCCAGGACGCCGAGCUCGCGCAGCGAGAUGGCGGUCGGGUUCUGCGCGACGACCGAGACGCGGUGCAGCGUCGGGUUGAAGUAGGUCGGGCGGCGGGCGGCGGGUGCGGCGCGGGGGUUCGUCACCCGGUAGGCGCCGCCCGUGGUGCCGCGGUUGUUGGGGUCCGGGAACAGGCUUUGGGCGCCGCAGCCGCCUCCGCCGCAAGACAUUGUUGCGUUGAACGGGUGGGUUUUGUUUGUUUGUUUGCGGGCGGGGGAGGUGUUGAGCGGGUGGAAAUGGAGGGCGCAAGGCGAGAACAGCGGUCAAAAGAGUUGUGGCUUGGUCGUUGUGGUAAACGAAUGGAUGAGGCUAUUCACACGAAAUGGGGAAUUAUUUGCGGACGGCAGGUGUAGUGGACAGACUGGAAGAAACAAGCGCAUCUUUAUUACGUUUGCGCCGCGUUGCUGCAGCCUUCGGUUCAAUUGAUUUCAUCCUAGAAUGGUACAAGAUUCC